CGCUGUCAGUGUCAGGGCUAGCAAGCAAGCAGCUUUACUCGACUGUGUAUUUCUGUGGAUAUAUUAGCCGCUAGUUUGUUUUUAACACGACGUGAGUAAGUAUUUUGAAGGUCUGUUAAUGUGGUGUUAAUGGACAGUCUCUGUGCGGUGAAGUUAGCCGCGUGAAUCGGAGACUUUCACUUCAAAACAAGAGUCGAAGCUAAAGGAAGAACACGUUGUCUUUGUGAGGCAGCGGGCAAACCGUCAGCAAGUGGGUCGCUCUGUCAGGAAACGCCAUCUGGCUUUAGCAUAGUUUUAAGGGAAGACCCUCAAUCUCGUACUCAGGAUGCCAUGCCACAAUCAGCAACUGAACAAUGUCAGCAGUGGCCAGGAGCAUCCAAUGAAGCAAGUACGAUUUGCAAACAACAACAGCAGCAGCAGCGUGCCUGCGGUGCUGUCCAACCCUGAACCAUCUGAUGCCACCACACAGCCUGUCAGCCAAGAUGGCCUGGGACCUCAGCUUAAACUGCUCCCUCUGAAUGACCAGAUCCGUGAGUUACAGACUAUAAUCAGAGACAAGACAACCAGCAGAGGAGACUUUGUGUUUUGUGCUGACCGACUGAUCAGACUAGUCGUUGAAGAGGGUCUGAAUCAGCUCCCCUACUCAGAGUGCACCGUGACCACACCAACAGGGUACAAGUAUGAAGGUGUCAAGUUUGAAAGAGGCAACUGUGGAGUCAGCAUAAUGAGGAGUGGCGAAGCCAUGGAGCAGGGUCUCCGGGACUGCUGCCGCUCCAUCCGGAUUGGCAAGAUCCUCAUCCAGAGUGACGAGGAGACACAGAAAGCCAAGGUCUACUAUGCCAAGUUCCCUCCAGACGUGUACAGAAGAAAAGUGCUGCUGAUGUACCCCAUCCUUAGUACAGGGAACACUGUGAUUGAGGCGGUGAGGGUGCUGAUAGAGCACGGAGUCCAGCCCAGACAUAUUAUCCUCCUCAGCCUCUUCUCCACGCCUCACGGAGCCAAAUCUAUAAUCCAGGAGUUCCCAGAUAUCACCAUCCUGACCACAGAGGUUCAUCCAGUGGCUCCGACACAUUUUGGACAGAGGUACUUUGGCACUGACUAAACCGAGGACAACCUGAGGAACAUGAUCUACAAACUGCUUUGAGUAUACGCAUUUUGUCCUGUUCAUUUAAAUGUAUCUCAUGUUCUCCUUGUUGUGCCAAAUACUGCUACUUUGUCUCCAAAGCUCCUAAACUUGGUAGAAAAUUACGAAUCUGAUCAGUUGUAUUUAUUAUCAUGCAUUUUUGCUGUGUAUACUAAUGUUAUAGAAAGAAGGCAACAGCGAACAAUAUAAAGAGUUCAACUUGGAUCAUUUUAUUUUGCAUGUUACAACAACUGAUGGAAAAUAAAGACUUUAUAUUUGUUAACAGACA